AUGACACACAACAGCACCGAAACUGUCAACCAUAUUCCAUUUACCCGCGAUGCUGCAGCUGGAUUCAUGCUCGGCGGUUUGGGUGGCAUAAUCGCCUUCUCCUUCUCAUAUAUCCUCGUUUGUUUUGGCUUGAGCAGCCUGCGCGCUCGUCGACAGCGCCGGCGCGAGCAGCGACAGUUGAUGGAACUCAUACAUAUGAUGGAUUUAUCGGAAUCAUAA